UACUUUUAAUGUCUUUGCACCUUCCUCUCUUCUUCUUACUUUCCAAUACACAACAAAAGUGAAAACAUCACUUCAAUACACCUAACAUUCUUCUCAAACACCUUCUCUUUCUCUCUUUUUUCUUUUUUUUUUUGGUUCAAAAUCAAAUUAGUAUAGCCAUAGAUAAUAGCUUCAACAAGCUGUUUUCAAGAAAAUCAUAAUUUGGUAAAUGGGGAUAUUUGAAGAUAUGGGGUUCUGUGGAAAUUUUGAGUUUCUAUCUGAUUCUAUGGGAUGUGGAGCUCAAGAAGUUGAGCAUAAGCCGGUUGGGUUGGAGGAGGAUGAUUAUAGUGAUGAGGAGAUGGAUGUGGAAGAGCUAGAGAGGAGGAUGUGGAGGGAUCGAAUGCUUUUGAGGCGUCUCAAAGAGAAGAACAAGAAUAAAGAGGUGGGGGAUGGUGCGAAGCAGCGUCAGUCGCAGGAGCAGGCUCGUAGAAAGAAGAUGUCGCGUGCACAAGAUGGUAUACUGAAGUACAUGCUGAAAAUGAUGGAGGUUUGUAAUGCUCAGGGUUUUGUUUAUGGAAUUAUCCCUGAGAAAGGGAAGCCUGUGACUGGUGCUUCGGACAAUCUUCGUGCUUGGUGGAAGGAAAAGGUCAGAUUUGAUCGAAAUGGCCCUGCUGCUAUUGCUAAGUAUCAGGCUGAUAAUCAGAUUCCAGGGAGAGUUGAGGAAUCGAGUGUGAUAGUUUCCACUCCCCACACUUUACAGGAGCUGCAGGAUACAACUCUAGGAUCCCUUUUGUCUGCUUUGAUGCAGCACUGUGAUCCUCCACAGAGGCGGUUCCCUUUGGAGAAGGGGGUAUCUCCACCCUGGUGGCCCUCUGGUAAAGAGGAAUGGUGGGGUCAGUUGGGUCUGCCAAAUGAUCAAGUUCAACCUCCAUACAAGAAGCCUCAUGAUCUGAAGAAGGCCUGGAAGGUUGGUGUUCUGACGGCGGUAAUCAAACACAUCUCUCCCGACAUUGCUAAGAUUCGCAAGCUUGUUCGACAGUCAAAGUGCUUGCAGGAUAAGAUGACAGCUAAGGAGAGUGCUACUUGGCUUGCUAUUAUCAAUCAAGAAGAGGCUUUGGCUCGUAAGCUGUAUCCUGACAGCUAUCCACAGGGAUCUCUAGCUGUUGGUAAUGGUUCCUUUUUCAUCAGCGAUGCUAGCGAUUACGAUGUGGAAGGAGUGGAUAACGAGAGAAACAAUGAAGUGGAAUGUAAACCCCAUGACAUCAAUCUCCAAACUGGAAUUAUGUUACCUAAAGAUAGGGUCUUGAUGCCAGGUUUAGCUCCAGUGAAAGGAGAAAUUAUCGAUUUAACUUCCGAUUUUAUCCAGAAGAGGAAGCAACCAUGUUUUGAGGAGUCUGUUGAUCAAAAGAUAUAUACUUGUGAGUACCUUCACUGCCCAUACAGCAAUUAUCAAGCUGGAUUCCUUGACAGGACUUCAAGAAACAACCACCAAAUGAGUUGUCCAUUCCGGUUCAAUUCUGCUCAAACACUUACUACACCUAAGUAUCAGAUCAACUAUGAGCACAACACAGUUUUUCCUGCACAAACUGCUACUUCUAAGCCAGCGGUCUCGUCAGUCACUGCUUCCUCUUCGAUGAGUGCUUCGGGGCUUGGACUCCCUGAAGAUGAUCAGAGGAUCAUAUCUGACCUCAUAACAUCAUAUGACAACAACUUUCAGCAAAAUGGUAGCAUCUGUUCCGGAAUUUCUGAGAUUCUAAUAAACCAAACCCUGCCUCAGCAACAAACAGUUGAACUUUCCAUGGAUGGCAACUUCAAUCUAGGACAUAUGGAGACCUCAGCUCAAGAAACCAGCGUGCCUGCUUAUCGUUCAACAGAGUUUCAAUAUGAUCAAUGCAAAAUGUCCUUUGACGCCCCCUUCGGUGGAAACAUAAAUGAUAUAACUGAUUACAGAUUUGGUUCCCCGUUCAACUUGGGAGGAAGCGACUAUGCCGUGGAACAGCUGACAAAGCAGGAUAUAUCUACAUGGUACCUCUGAACUAGUACUAGUAUUAAACUGUCUUAUUUCCUAUAUGAAGGCUUGAUAGGUUGUAUAUGUUUAGAUAAGUGAUCAACUCUCUGUCCUUUAUAUAUACAGGUAUUGUAGUUUCUUUGUGAUGUAGUUGAUGUUUCCAUGGUUGUAAGUGCUAAACACAAUAUUAUCUUUAUGCAAUUACGUUUUAAGCUCA